AUGUUGAUAGGCUGUCUGAUCACAGAGGAAGGCUGUGCUUCUCUGGCCUCAGCUCUGAGCUCCAACCCCUCCCAUCUGAGAGAGCUGGACCUGAGCUACAAUCAUCCAGGAGACUCAGGGGUGAAGCUGCUGUCGGCUGGACUGAAGGAUCCACACUGGAGACUGGACACUCUCAGGGUGGAGCCUGCUGGAGUCCGAUGGUUGACACCAGGUCUGAGGAAGUAUUCCUGUGAACUCACAAUCGACACAAACACAGUACACAGACACCUCAAACUGUCUGACAACAACAGGAAGGUGACAUAUGUGGAGGAGGAUCAGUCAUAUCCUGAUCAUCCAGACAGGUUUGACCACUGGCCUCAGCUGCUGUGUAGAACUGGUCUGACUGGUCGCUGUUACUGGGAGGUCGAGUGGAGAGGAAGAGUUUAUAUAUCAGUGAGUUACAGAGGAAUCAGGAGGAGAGGACACAGUGAUGACUGUUUGUUUGGAAGGAAUGAUCAGUCCUGGAGUCUGAUCUGCUCUGAUGGUGGUUACACUGUCUGGCACAAUAAGAGAGGAACAUCCAUCUCCUCCUCCUCCUCCUCCUCCUCCUCCUCCUCUGGUAGAGUAGCAGUGUAUGUGGACUGUCCUGCUGGCACUCUGUCCUUGUUCACAGUCUCCUCUGACACACUGAUCCACCUCCACACCUUCAACACUACAUUCACUGAACCUCCUCAUCCUGGGUUGGGGUUUAGGCUCUUGUCUGGUUCCUCAGUGUCUCUGUGUUCUCUGUAGGAGGGAGAGUCUCCUCCUGUUAGAGAAACUUUCUCACUGCUGAACAGAUAGUUCAGUCUGUACAGGAUGACACACAGCUGAUGGUAGUUCAGAGAAUGUAGCCCAAUCCCAAACCACUCCCUACCCACUACCACUUCACUACCAAGUGUCACUCCAAAUCAGGUUACACUUGCAGCUGUGGAGGGCACCCCUGAUUAAGGGGAAGUGUAUAAAAGAGAAGCCAAACCAUGGGACGCCUUCACUCUACCGGAAGAAGGAAGCAGAUGUAACCAUGGAUGCCGACAGACGCUUUGCUUGCGCCGCUGCCGCAGCUGUCAUGUUUCACAGGUUAAGAAGAGUAUUCCUCUUUUUAGUGAAAAGACUGUCAUUUUUAAUUCAUAGAUUGAUUAACUGCUUUAUUUUUUCUUCUGUCCCUGUGAAUACAUAAUUAUAUAUUUUUUAAAAAUCAUGACAAUGGGAUGGGGACAUUUUUAUACAGUUUUAAAUAGUUUAUUUCAGCAUAUGGACAUGUAGGUUUUCAUCUUUUGACCCCAAACAUUCUGUGAGUUUGUUUGAGACUGUAAAGUCAGUGUGAGGAAAACAAAUGUGUGUGUGAUCUAUAAUAUUUCACAAAGUAGAAAGAUGGAACUCUUAUAUUUGUACAUUGUUUCCUCCAUUGUGAUGUUGCGCUUCCUGCUAGGCUCAUGAGAAGCCUGCACUGAUGUACACCCACUAUUUAAGGGCUGAGCAGUCCACUCGCACUCAGCAAUAUUUGGUUUGGUACGGCCCUUAAUAUGGCGCAGCUCCCCAUGACCGUGCAGAUGGAGGGGGAGUGGAUAGGGCGAAGGGUUAGGGUCCGAUUUGGUAUUGGGCCUGUGUGUAGGAUGUGAGUUUGUCCUGAGGGUGGCGCUAAAGAAAACACUGUGGACUCCACAGAUGAUUCGUUUUCUGCUCGACUGUUUUUAUUGAUGAUGUUUGUGUAAACUUUUAAUUUCUCUUUAUUCUCCCUCCAAAGUUUUCCUCCAGUGGUCAGAGUGAGUAACUGCAGCUCUCUCCAUACAACACUGUUCAUAUUCAUACACACAACUGCAUACUAGCAUUUCCUGUGUAUCCUUUCAGAAUAAAGUGUUAGACUUCCUGUCUGUGUUCCAAUGAGUCAAACAUUUACUCUACUACAUUUAUCACAUACUUGGACAUUACUGCAGUAUUUCCAUGUUGUGCUAUUUACUUCAUAUUAAGGAUCAAAUCAACAUCUCUCUCGUCUCUAUAAAACGGUUGUCACGUUUACUUUGUAGUAAAGUGUAACAGGAACUGUUGCAACAACGAUCACGAUCAAGAUUAACUUAAUUGUCCCACAAAGUGGGAAAUUUGUCUUUGGCUCUACACCCAUACAGUAGCCAUAAAAAUACAACAUACAACAUAGUACAUAAACAAACAACAUUAUAGACCAAACAUAACAAUAACAGAAAAACACAAAAAGAUAAAUAAAUAAAUAAAAACAAAUGCUAAAAAUACCUGUACAAACAAGCAUUUUAUAAUCAUC